UGUGCCUCACUCGAACAGGCGCUGAUGUGUCACAGUGAGAAAACAAGACACAACAGCGAGACUUGGAAUGAGAGAGAAGGCUAGCUUAGCCCAGUUUUACGACUUCAGGUGCACCCAUGGAACCGCUGCUGAUCUGAGACCUCUACAGGUUGUGUUGUUGUCCCUAGAAACCUUUGACUGGCAAACAUAAAGAUGAGCGACGACCGGGAGAGACGGCGGGCCCGUCGUAGCCACAGCCACGACACCCGGCCGCCGCCCAACGUCAAACCCCGCAUGAACAACCGACGCCCGCAAAAAGUCAGGAGGUCCAGGAGCACGGACUCUGAAAGGGGGCGGCGUAGAGAGCGCCACUCUGGGGAGCCCAACCAGCAGCAGCACCAGCGUGGCAGGAGCGCUGACACAGGUGAGCUUCACGGGAGGGCCAAACCGCCUGAGGAGAACGACAACGAGGAGCCAGAGUGUGCCAUCUGCUUCUGUUCCUACGACAACAUCUUCAAGACACCCAAACUGCUGGCCUGCGGGCACACCUUCUGCCUCGAGUGCCUGGCGCGCAUCAACGUGAGCGCGCCCAAGCUCAAGACGCUGUCCUGCCCUAUAUGCCGUGAACUCACUGACAUCCCGCAUGGCCAGGACCUGCCCCGCCUGGGCAACAACCAAGAUAUUAUCAGCAGGCUCCCGCUUGAGAUGCGCCGCGCCAGGUCCAUCCGCUUCAAACGCAGCAAAGGCAAGCUCCUCUUGAAGAACCCGGCGCCCAGCAGCCCCGUCAAGGUCGGGGUCCUCAACAUGCCGCACAAAAGCCACGAGGCCCAGGUGGCGCCCGCCGAUGCUUUGCGCCUCAACGCCAUGGAAGGCGACGUGGAGCCGGCCACAGUGGUGGACGUGGGGCGCCCACCCAACAGGGUGCGCGGGCGCAUCCGCCGCUUUUUCCGCUCAGACCGCUGCUACUACAUCACGGUAGCCUCCGUCAUCACCAUCACGGUGGCCCUCUUGCUCGUGGGCAUCCUGGCCUUUGUCAUCAUACCCAAUGUAACCACCAACCCGAGGCCCCCGCCUGGGAACCAGACGGCACCUCCACCGCCACAGUCAGGGAACGCUUUCACGCCGGGACUGUGACUACCGUUUGCGAAAUUCUGGGAAUUUUCAAAGUUGGAAACUUUCCAUGGGAAUUAAUAGAAAUUUAUGGGAAUAAAUGAGAAUUAACCUGGGAUAUACCAAAUUGAAGGUUGGCUAUUAAUAGGGAACUUUAAUAUAGUUACAUAAAUAGAUAAUCUCAUCACUCAAAUCCCUUGUAUCUCAAAUCAAUAUUCCCAAUUGAAAUGAACGGAAAUACUAUUAAUCCGUUCAAGCCCCCCUGAAAAACCUUUUUUACUUGUUUUUAAUAAAGACACCAUUGUAUUGUAAAAUAUAAAAACGCAACAGCUUGUAAAGAAAUAAACUGGUUGAAAUUUAAUUAAGCCAAGUCACACACACACACACACACACACAGUUAAUUGGUGUGUUGUGCCUUUAAAUGCUGUGGCCUCUGUAGAGUACCUUGUAGUCUCCCUCGCCCUCACAGCAGCUCCAGCAACAGGGUCUUAAGAGGGCUUACCUAAGAGCUCAGUGGACGGUGCCCUCACUUUUUAGGGUUUCGUAAUAGCCCAACCACUUUCUUGGGACCCGUACUGACGGCUAAUUUACAGCCCCAAAACAAAUAUUCCUAAAAUGCAUUCUAAAUACGCGUGAAGCGAAUGACGUUUACGCGGUGGAAGAGAAGGCAUGACUGAACAUUCCGUGUGGAUGGAUGUCAGGAAGCAUAGUUCGGGAACCUGAGUGAUAAGUUGAAAGAUUUGUUCGUAAACCGAAGCGAACUCGAAACUCAAGUCAUUGCUUGCAAGUCAAGGCAAUAAAAAUCGGCUUAGUGAUGGCUCGUAUCUCCUAAAUUGAGAUACCACAAGAUGGUGGCAAAUCACAAUAUUUGUCUAAAUGAAGCUCCUGACUCACUUCAACAUAGUUCCUGAGCACUAAGAUGACACUUUGGAAAGCAUGUCCGACCACAGCUUUCUGAUCUCUAAUAAGGAGUUGAAUGACAAAAUUCACAUGUAAUUUAUUUUUUUUUUUAUUUCCAAGGAUGUCGACUUGAAUGUCUUUCCGUCCAUUCAGAUCCACCGCCGCUCAAGCAAAGUGGAAAAAAAACGCAGAUGCACAGAUGUCUGCCUUUGACAAAACAAAACAAAAUGUCAUCAUAUUUACACGGCUUGAAUAUUAUGUCUUUCCAUUUAAGUUCCAAUAUAAUCCCCAUGGAAAUAUACUGGAAUUUUUCUACCCUUGUGCAAUCCUAACUAUGACUCUUUUUUUUUUUUUUUUUUU